GGAACCUCAUCAACGGAGCGAGACUCCUGGAUGCGAACGUAGGCGAGAACCCCCGUCUCUGGGCCUCGCCUGCCGGGAGAUCUGCUUUACGGAGGGCGGGAGCGAAGAUAAACCGCCCCGAGGAACUUCGUAGAGUGCUGGAUGAGGUUGAACCCCCGCCACCCACAUACGCCGAUUU